AAUCACUCUUUUUGUAUUAAGAAGGGAGUGACGUGUCAUUCCAAUCAGCAUUCCUCUAGAGAGGGCUCAUCACAAGCUGGGGCCUCGUCAAGCUUUCUUCUUCCUCGGAAAAGUUCAUCAAACCCGACAGGAAACCCGAAUCAGAGAAUCCAAAUUAAGAUCCGAAUGCAAGCCUCCUAAACCAGCAUUUGCGUGGACGUAAGCUUUUCUCGUAUGGUCGAUCUAUUCGCAGUUCGUAUUAACCAGAAAUUCCAACUCUGAUUUUGCGUUUCGUAGACCCGAAGCUAAAUUGUAGAAUAAUUUCGUCUCACAACCAUCGGGUUCUUCAGGGAUCAACGGAAUUUUAUGGCCACAGCAACAAUGGCCACUGCAGCUGGUGCUGCUGCACUUUUGUAUUAUACUUUAAAUAGAAAGUUACUAUCUAGUCCUGAAACUGAGGAUGUUGACGAUGAUGAAAAUGAGGGUGAUGUACAUAGCAGUGGUGUUAGAGUAGGAGCUGAAAGGGUUUCACGUAAACUAAUACAAGCCCCGGCGACAUGGUUGGAGACUAUCUCAACUUUGUCUGAGACUCUUAGGUUUACUUACUCUGAGACUUUGGGUAAGUGGCCCAUUGGGGACUUGGCGUUUGGCAUCAGCUUUCUGUUAAAAAGACAGGGAAAUAUACAUGUCAGCAGUAUUUUUGGCAGUGAAGGUUGUACACAACUUAAAGGACCUGAAAUUGCGUCAGAGCUUAGAAAUCUAUUGAACUUAUUGACACUUUGUUGGCAUUUUUCUAAGAAGCCAUUUCCACUAUUCUUGGAGGAGACGGGUUAUUCACAAGAAAGUGUUCUUCUGCAAGAACCUAAAGCUGGAAUUCUGAAGCCGGCAUUUACAAUAUUGGUUGACCACAGUUCAAAAUCUUUCCUCCUAUUAAUCCGUGGUACUCAUAGUGUGAAGGAUACAUUGACAGCUGCGACUGGGGCAGUGGUUCCAUUUCAUCAUUCUGUGGUACACGAGGGGGGAGUAAGCAAUUUGGUUUUAGGUUAUGCACACUGUGGAAUGGUUGCGGCUGCUCGAUGGAUUGCUAAGCUUUCGACUCCCAGCCUUAUAAGUGCACUUGGCAGCUAUCCCGAUUACAAAAUUAAGAUUGUUGGGCAUUCAUUGGGUGGAGGGACUGCUGCCCUCUUAACUUAUGUGCUACGUGAACAAAAGGAACUAUCAAGAUCAACAUGUGUAACAUUUGCUCCAGCGGCUUGUAUGACAUGGGAAUUGGCUGAAUCAGGAACUGAAUUCAUUACCUCAGUUAUAAAUGGAGCUGAUUUGGUGCCCACUUUUUCAGCUGCAUCAGUGGAUGAUUUGCGUGCAGAGGUGACAGCAUCUGCGUGGUUGAAUGAUCUAAGGAAUCAGAUAGAGCACACAAGAAUUCUCAGUACUGUAUAUCGUUCUGCUUCAGCCAUUGGUUCUCGUCUCCCAUCCAUUGCCACUGCCAAAGCCAAGGUGGCCGGUGCUGGAGCUAUUUUACGUCCUGUCUCUAGCGGCACUCAGGUAACAUUGUUUCACGAUACACUGAGCAUGAAUAACUUGUUGCAGACCAAAUAGCAUGUGCCCACGUAUUGUGUUGAGCGCCACUUUGGCCUCGUUUGAGAAAAAAAAUCAAUUAGCUUUAGUAUUUUCGAUAAUUUUUAAUGGCCAGAUUAACCUUGAAAAGACAUAAGCUAAACGUUGUCAUUAGAUAACUUUUCAUAAUGCUAAAGGUAAAGGUUAAAGCUGUUGCCAAACGGCACUUUGUAAUCACAGGUUGUUAUGAGGAGGGCUCAAAGCAUGGCACAUGCAGCACUAUCGGGUCCCGCCAUGCGUUUGUCAUCGUGGUCGUGCGUCGGCCCUCG